ACGCACAGACGUUUUUCAGUAAUUUGCUACUUCAACUGUUUAUUUCGCGAAUAAAAUGGCAAAUAAGUCAAAGAAAGUUACCUCUAAGACUAGAUACACGAAUGUAGAAAUGAUUUUGGAAGAGAUUGACCGGGAUAGUGAGACAGAUUUGGCAGAGAUUGAAGACUCCAUCAGCUCCCAUAGCUUCGAUUCUGAAACUGAGGACUUUUUUUGGAACGGAGAGGACAUCGUUUUGGACUGUGGCACUGACUCCGACUGGGAGCCCCCAGUGCCAAGGUGUCCACCCCCCUCUGAAGCUGGUUCAUCCUGUACCCCUGCUGUCUCUGGCUCCACACCUCCCGGGUCAUCUAGAGGUGUGAAGAGGAAGAGGGGAAGUGUGCCACCCACUAACAGAGGGACAGAAGGGCGUUGGCACACCGUCCUAGAAGAUGAUGUGGAGCCACCACAACCAACUUUUAGGCCGAUAAGGAAGCCAGGGCCUCAGGUGAACCCGACCUCCAAUUACACCCCCCUUCAGCUUUUCCAACUGUAUUUUACCACAUCUGUUGUAGGUUCGCUCGUGUCCAACACUAAUAAAAAUGGGAAGAAGAAACAAGCGGGCAAAAAGGUAGCAUGGAAGCCCAUAUCCAUGUCAGAGUUUUUCUGCUACCUUUCUCUGGUCAUCUACAUGGGGCUGGUGAAGCUGAAAAGCCUGAAGGACUACUGGACAUCAACAUCAGCUCUGUACAAAUUGCCUUUCCCCAUGACUGUUAUGUCCUGCAAGAAGUUUCUGAUGAUUUCACAGGCGCUUCACAUCAGUGACCCAAAGGUUGAUGACACGCUAAUCGGCUACUACAAUGUUCUCCACAAGACAAUGAAAUGGUACAAGACCUUCUUCUAUCAUUUCAUCGACAUCGCCGUAGUGAAUGCAUUCAUCCUACACAAGGAAAUGGCAACGAGCUGUGGAAAGCCCUACCUCUCACAGAAAGACUUCAGAGAGCAGCUCAUCAAGGAGCUUGCUGGCUACAGCACCACUGCAGCAAGCCCUGUCCCUUCUGCUCCUGCCACAAGUGUUCAUCUGCCCAAAUAUAUUUGUGCAGGCAUGGAUGUGCCUAAGGGCCAAAAGGGCACAGCAUGGAGGCGUUGCUGUGUUUGCAAGAUGAAGUCUCCCAUCACAUGCAGCACAUGCUCAGUGACCCUCUGCUUUACAUCAGAGAGAGACUGCUAUGGCAUCUGGCAUCAGCAGCAGAACACUGAGUUUUGGCAAUGUUGGUGGGGUUAUAUGGCAAAGUGGGUCUGCGGUCUAGCUGAGAACACCAGUCUGCGGUCUAGCUGA